AAAAUAUGUUUGCACCUUUCCACCUGUCGAAUAAAUAUUAUUGUUUUUUGAACUUGAAACAGAUAGUGUUUAAUUUUUUUCAGUCCAAUUACUGGAGCUAGUCUUGUUUACUUGAAGGCUCUGUCGCAAUGGCGUAAGUAGACACAAUUUCAGUCUCAUAAUUAUAGCGAACGUAUUGACAUUGAUUUGUGAGCUUGUAAAUGGAAUUUUGGCUAGAGCAGCUUUGAACUUUUCGACGAAAACAAUCACCUCUAUGGGUUCAGUAAUAAGAACACAACCACUAUUAUAUCACAACCGACGAAAACAUUCCGAUAGAAUUCGUUCAAAACUACCCAGUUGUGUAAAUAUUGGAAUUACCGGGCCUGAUGGUUAGGGUGAAUCUAUUCAGGUAAAUUGCACAUACAUACAUUCAUUAGUUUACAUUCUGACUCGAAAGUUGUAAGAUAACAUCUACGAAAAUGAAAUGUAUGUUAUUUGUUGGGUUUAGCAUGUGUCUAUUAACCAUUUUAUUUGCUGCUCAUGUAGAUAAUUUGCAAACCAUUAAUGGAACAGUCACGUCCACGGUGGAUAAUGUUCUAGAUAUUCUGGCAUUACAACUAUCGAAUAUCAACUCCCGGUUGAAUGGACUGGUUGAUGAAAUAACCGAAGCUAUCACGAUUUUGACCGCAACUGCCCGUAAUGCCGUCAACUCUCUAUUAGUCACUGUUCUCUCCAACGCCCAGGGAGCUCUGCGAAAUGCUCAGACCGCUCUCAAUAGUGCUGCCAACAGUGGAGUGUCCAACACAAACAAUGUUGUUAGUAGCGGUGUCACUCAGCUGUUGGACGCGAUGUCCCACCUGAGCAACGUUACGAACCAAGUACUUGUGGCAGAAACUAACGUAUCACAGGAUCUUCUAAACCGACUGAUUGGUGCCACCGAUACUGUGAAUAAUCUUGCAUCAUCAGUGACUAGUUUAGUCAGUUCCCUUCUUGGUUUGAUUGGGGGUUUGGUCGGUUAAGCGAAACUGAAUAAAUGAACAUUGUUUUUUUACUUAAGGGGGUCUUCAUAUAUAAUUGUGCAAAAAGUACCUAAUGUUUGAUAAUGUUUUUAAAAGAAGUAAAAUGAUAUGUAAGCUAUUCUGCAAAAUGUUUAUUAAGGUUUCAUCUAUAAAAUAAAAACUUUCGAGUGCAAGGUGUCAAAAAUGGCGGCUUCAGCAAAAGGUGUUUUGAAAACCGACCUCAUCUGCGGGCACGAU